CCCGAAGCAAGCUCUGUUGAGCACCCUGGCAGUAUCGAAGGGACAGAAGCAGAGAAGCAACCCUUCUAGAGCCUGAGGGAGAAAAUGAAGCGGUUGUUGCAAGAGUCAGAGGAAGAAAUCAUGGUCACCUUGGGACCCUCCUCCAAGCUUUCUCCGGAGAGAGUUAAGGCUGAAGCUGUGUGUGGCAUUGAAAACAAGUCCUCCGGCCCGGCUGGAUCCUUACCGGAAGACAACUCCCUGCUCCCUUGCUGUGGGUCAGCAGCCUCAGGCACUGGUGGAGAUAAAUAUGGAGGGCCAGUUCAGCUUUGCAGCUUUGGGCUGAAGGCCAACAGCCACCUUCCUCUGGGCUCCACGUGCAGUGUUUCAGAGUCUGGUUCUCAGGACCUUUCAUCUGCCAGUGUUACCACAAGCUGUCAGGAGCCCUCAGAGAGGAGCCAAGCCAAGUCCCUUGUGUCCAGAGGCUCUGGCCAGAGCUGUAGCCGUGAACAGCGAGAGCCUUUAGGGGAUGUGGUAGAAUAUAUCAUCAGAGAGCUACAGGGCAUCAGCCGUCUCCAGACCGAGAUCGCUGAGCUGCAGCAGCACUUGCGCCAGGUCCGGGGCUCGGUGGAUGAAGUGUCAAGCUGUGUCGACUCCGUGCUGAGUGAGAUAGAAGGCUUGCAUGUGGGCAGCAGCUCCCUGACCAAGGCAUGUGAGGGGGAAAAGGCUCCAGAACCCUGUGUGGGAAGACCCAGUGAAGAAGCCAUUCUUUGCCUGUAUGGACUUCCUGAACAGGAAGGGGAAAGUACUAUGGAACAGGUGGACAACUUUUUAGCCAGACAUCUCUGUGUCAAUGGCAUACAGUGCAGCAGGUACAUCAAAGAGGCUUAUAGGGCAGGCAAGGGCCCUGCUCCCAGGCCUGCUGUGGUGAAGCUUGCGCAUCUCGAGCACAGAGACUUUAUCUUACAGAAGUCCGUCCUCUUGCAGAGUGUGGGUGUCCAGGUUGCCACCAGAGAAGAACCAAGCUGGUCACAGAGCUGUAAGAGUCCACAAAAGGAGUCUAUAUUAUUUUUGCAGCAACUUCAGAAGCAUAGUGGGAAUUCUUUAAACCAGGAUAAACCAAUUUUUCAGCUGAAAACAGGGGACAGAGGACUCAUAACAGGAUCAUAUCAGAUGAUGGCUCAGAAUCAGCAUGGAGAGCACCAGGUUUCUGAGCAGCAGGGUCCUCACUUCCAACUCGAGAACAAUUUGACAAAGGAAAGUGACGUGUCUAAGCCAGGGGCUGAAGUAAAAGGAAGAUCAGAAACAUCCCCGGUUAUCAGUGGCACUGGUGGUAAGUCAGCAGGGAGAAACACUUCUCUCUCUCCCCUCCAUCAGCUUGAAGAACCUUCCCUGGCGUUAAUCUCAAAAGAGGAAGAUUCUGAGAAAGCCCAGGUAUUCAAAAGGUACAGCCGAGAACUGGAAGCAUGUAAAGUAGCAGAACUAGGAACUGACGGCGACAGUGAGAGUGAGGCUGGCAGCCGCCUGUCACUGCCUGGAUUGCUGAAGACAGAAGGAAUGAAUGCAGAAGAUGGGCUUCUAGGCUUUGAAGCUGGGCUUGAUAUCCUGAGUCCCAAGCAGCUAGAAGACCUUUUGGCAGAUGAGUCUAGAAGGUUUGCAGCCCUGAGCUCCGAUAGCAUGGUGGAGGAAAUGGUCAUAGGGCCUGAGACGUUCAGUAAUAUGGUUCAUAUUGACCUGAAUGAAGAGGAGGAAUGUGCUGCUCAGGUCCUGAAGGAUGUCUUUGACAAGUCGUCUUGUGUCCUGGGUGGCUUGCAGGAGGAUGAGGACGUGGAGCUCAAGUUUCAUACAACUAAACUGGGCCGAGCAAUUCACCAUUUUCGUUCAGCUCUGCAGGGGGUGUUUCAGAAGCGGGAAAACAGUGGGUGCAUCAGUCCUGAGGACCUGGAAAGCGAUGGAAGUGGUUCACAGUCAGAGAAUAGUGAUAGAGUUCUUGGGGCAGUGAGUUCGGGGGGUGCCCAGGAUUGCUCUGUGGAGAGCCCUGGAAGCCAAGGGAGUGAGAGCUUGCUCAGCAUGGCUUCUGGUGGACUAGGCAUCUCUGUACAAGGCGACCAAACCCCUCAAGACCCAAGCAACUUCUCUCUUGCUUCUCAUAACUCACCUCUGACGUAUUCAUUGACCAGCAUAGCUCUGGCCUCGUGUCUGGGAAAUGAGACUUAUUCCAGGCCUGAGUCUCCCAAGCAAGGCAGACUAAGUCUAGAGCAAGUGUGUGCAGAGACCAUUUACCUCAACAAGUGCAUCAACAAUUUCAAGAAUGUUCUACGAGAAAAAAGGUUGAGGCAGAAAAAACUUUUACACGAGCUAGUGCAGAAGGCAAACCAUCUCUCAGUAGAAGACAUGCCUGCAGAAGGAAAUCGAGAAGCCCUUCAGUUCCGGCAAAUGCAUAACUCUGGGAAUUGAAAAGGAAGUAAGAGCCUGCUCAUUGCAGUAGCUGUUUCCAAAAGGAAGAUCAAUUCUGGUUGGUAGACUCUAGAGGUGGAGAGAAGGACUCCCCUGAU